AUGAUAUCCAUAUGCAGGCUUGUGGAAGGAGUUCCAGGCAAACCAGGAUGUGUCAGAUAUUGCUCUGAUGUUCCACCCACUGAUAAUGUCGCUAGAGAAGCACGUUCCAACCCUUGGGUAAAGGAGAGACUUUUAUCUCUAGACCCCAUUGGUCAAAGUCUUAGCUAUGAAAUCACAAAGAACAAUAUGGGUUUCAUAAGAUACAUGGCAAAGUUGAAGAUGGUGGGUGGUGGUGGUGGUCAUGAUGAUGGGAAUGAAGAUGGAUGCAACUUGGAAUGGUGUUUUGAGGUUGAUCCAGUGGUUGGAUUCAGUGAAAAGGGUUUCCUAGUAGCAUAG